AUGAGAUAAUAGGUCAAUAAGAUAAAAGAUGAAUAAAUUAGCUUACUUAAAAAUUAAGAGGAUAUAAAUAAACAAGCAAAUAUAACAGUAAGGUAACGAUAACUUAGCUAAAGCAGAAGCUAAAGUAGAAAGAAGACUUAUUAAGUUUAAAAAGAUAUAAUAAAGUAGGGAUUACAAGAUGAGACUAAUAUUUAAUGUAGAAAAAGAAUAGAUUUGUAGUGUAUAAUUCCUAUUUUGCAUAAACUGCCAGAAGAAAGGACAGUUUAAGAUUUAAAUGAACUUUCAAGUAAACUUGCUUCUUUGGAUUUUUUUGAAUAAAUUCUUUCAGAUGAAAGUUUAAAAAAUAAGCAUAAGCUCCUUAAAGAAAUGAGAAUUGAGAUCUUUUCUCAAAAUGGAUAGAUUAUAUUUAAUGAGGGUGAUUAAUCAAACAAAUUUUAUGUUGUUCUGUCUGGAGGUGUAAAAUUAAUCUAAAUUUUUUAUCAAAAAAACUCCCUUCAAUAAAAUAAUACAAGGAGUUCUUAAACAAACCUUUGUGAUGCGUAAUAGGAUAUUGUUACACCUAUCAACCGUUUGAUAGAAUAAGAUACAAAGCACUUUUUUUAACAAGGCUAGUAUUUUGGCUAAAAUGAGUUGAUUUUUUAUUCAAAAAGAUUUUACUCUGCUAUUACAUUUAACAAUUAAAUAGGAGAUAAAUCUUUUGAAUAAGAAACCAUUUUGAUAUAUUUCAAUUAAAACAUUUUUAAUAACUUAUUAUAAGAUUUCAUAAUUAACUAAAAUCCUUUUUUUAGGAGUUUUUCUCUGCUAAAACUUGUACCAAAAGAGGGAAAAGUAAGGAUAAGUUAUGAGCAUCAAAUAAAGCAGCUUUCACUCAAUGAAGUAGUUUAUAAAUAAGAUUAAAAAGUAGAAUAUAUUUACUAUUUAGAUAGUGGAAAUGUGCAGUUAAAUUAUUCAUAAAAAUAAAUUUUAGAUGUUCUUCCUCAUUCAGUUUAAUAGAAAAAGUAAUAAACUCAGAUUAUUAGUACUAUUCCUGAAAAAUCCUUUUUUGGAGAUGAAGACUUGCUAAAUUUAAAUGGAACAAGAAAAUACUCUGCUACGAUCAGUUCAAUUAAGGCUACUUUAUAUUUAUUUGAUGCAAACAUGUUUUAUGAGGAAAUAGUAUAAGCUUAUGGGAUAGUAAAAACAAAUAAAAUGAUUAAUGAUUAUCUUUUGUCUAAAUAAAAAUGGAGAGAUGAACAUAUUUAGUAGGCCAUAAAUAUAAAAAAUUAAUUUUCUGGAUUCUAAUACUGCGGCUCAAAAUUAAACUAGAAUUUAGUAUUAAAAAAUUAAUCCGAUUCUAAAUAGAAUUUGUAAAAUAUUAGCAAUAGACAGUUCUUAAUUUCUUAGAAUUAAUAAAAAAAAGUUUCUAAUGCUUCUAUAAGUCGUUGUGUCACUGAAGAAUAGGAGAAUAAGUAAAGCUAUCUGUCUAGAUAGUUAAAUUCUUGCUUAAGCUAACUGCAAGUUGGUUAAAUAAAUACAAUUAACUAGAAUCACUUAAAAACCUUGAAUUAUAAGAACCAUAGUAAAAAAUCCAAUUAAAAUAAUAUUAGUGAUGUUGAAAAGUAUUUUAAGUAAAAUAUUAAAAACGAAAGAAGCCAUUAAAAUAAUUUGAAUAAUUUUUUGAUAAAUUAAUUCGACACCUGCAAAUAGAUCAACCAAAAAUUUCAAUUAAAAAGGCCUAUUAAAAAUAGCAAAUUCAAUACAAUAGAUAGUGAGCUUAGCCUAUCAAACGAUUAUUCUUUGUAAAAAUCAUAGAUAAACUAAACAAAUCAAAAUAAUACCAUAAUUAAUCGAUGUGAAAGUUUAACUUUAGAUGAUCAAAAUGGAGAGAGUAUGCUGAUAUUUCCAAAUCAGUUUUUAAAGAGUUAAUAAAUAAAAUAACAAGCCUAAGGCUAAAAAGCAUCAUUUUCACAGUAUUCAUAAAAUAAGAGUUUAUUUAAAAUCAGAUUACAGAAAAUGGAGGAUCAUGAAAAAAACAAUUUAAGUGAAAUUAAUACUUUUUGUGGGCAUACAAGCUUAAUUCUAAGUGGAAAACACAAUUUAUCAUUCUAAAAUUUAUCUCCGGGAGGAUAAAAAAUAUAUGAUCCAUUUAAUGAUUGCUGGGUGAAAAGAAGCUCCCCUAAAAAAAAUAAUAUUCACACCUAAAAUUAUUUGGAAAAUACAAGUAUUAACAAUGAACAUUUAAAAUAUUAAGUAAGCAUAGAUUCUCCAUUUUCAAAAUAACUAAAUUAAAGUGUUUAUGAUUUAAGCGACCCUUCAUAUUUGAGUAUUUCUAAAUAAAGCUUAGCGGCUUAGUAAUAUCAACUUGAUAUAAAAGUAAAAAAUCAUUAAAAUAAUCAAUAAAAUUGUAAAAAGGUCUUAAAAAAUUUAAAUAUCUAAAGUGCUAUUUCUAAAAAAUGCGUUGUAGAGGGUAAAGAAAAGAGGAGAAACUUGCAAAAUAAUUUAAAUAAUAAAAUUAAUUCAUCGUCAAAUUUCAAUUAAGAAAUUUAAAAUAAUACAGCUCAUAGUAAAAAUCAGGAGUCAAAUGAAAAAAAAAAGUAAAAUAGCUGUUAAUAGAAAAUAGAAUUUACAGUCAAUUAGCAAUAAAGUUAGAAAGUACUAAGUAAUUCAAUGAAAAUCCUUAAAAUUUAAAAUGCAAAUAUUGGAGAAUAGGUUUAGCAUGCAAAAGAAAAUUUUUAAUAAAAUAAAAACAAAAGUGGUCAAAAAAUGAGUUAAAUAUAUUCAAUUAAUGAUUAAUAAAAAUAAAGGACAGAAUAUUAAUAACUGAAAAUGCAAAAUCAGUAAUACAGUUUGGAUGAUUAAAUAAAUAGCCAGUAGUAAGAUUAAAAUCAUAUCAAUAUUGAAAGCUGUAAUGAUUUAGAUUCUUAUUAGGAAAGAAGUAACUUAUUUAAAAGUCUUAGGAAAAAAAGUAUCGAAUAAGAAAAUACAAGCUAAAAAAUAGCAGAACAAAAUUUAAAUAGGUUUAUUGAAGAAAACUGUAGCGGUAACGAAAUAUACUAAAUUGAAUGUAACAAUUUGCUAGGUAAAAAAAAAUAGAUUUUAAAAUAUCUUCUAAGUUAAAUUGGUUCUGCAGAUUUAAAUUGUAUUGACAUGAAUUAAGAUUAAAAAAACACAAAAUAUGAUAAUUUAUUAAGAAUUUUGAUGAAAUAAAAAUAAGAAAAUAAAAAAAUGGAUUGUAGGAGUUCCAAGAACUUUAGCAAUUCUCUAUAGAAAUAUAAUAGCAGAGAUGAAAUUUAAAAACAAAAAUUAAAGAAUUUUGAAGGAAAUUUUUCUAAAGAUUUUUAAUCAAUAGAAAGAUAAAAAUUUUCUCCUAACUAAAAAGAGAGAGAGAAGUUUUAACAAGUUAAUAAGAGCACUUCAAAUGCUUUCUAACAAUAUUUAAGAUUUGCAAAUGAUAUUAUAAAUAAAGAAAUUAACUCUUCUUAGACUUAGAUGGGGAAUUUAAGCGAUUAAGCUAUUAAUAUUUCAGAUUAAAUUAAUUAAUUCACUCAAUCAUAUACUCCUGUUAACUAUCCUUUAAAUUCGACUAUUAAAGAAAAGAAAAGAAAUACUGGUUUGAAGUAAAAAUUAGAAAUGAGAAGAAAACUUAAAACUCCAUCAUAGAGCUAUUCAGUUAAUAAAAGAGAUAAUAGAUAAGAAUCAACCAAUUUCUCAAAUCUCCACCAAACUCUAUUCAUUUUACCUAAGUCUUAAUUCGAUUUAUGA